AUGUCCCAGCUACAGAAUAUCGUCAUCAUCGGCGCCUCGAACGCCGGCCACAACCUCGCAAACGCACUCCAGUCCACCCAUCCCAAAUCCCACCGGAUCCUUCUCAUUGAUGCUCUUGAAUACUCCGUCUGGCCUCUUGCGGCCCUCCGAGCGGCUGUCGUACCUGGGUGGGAAGACAAGAUCACUGCUCCCCUCAGGGACACGACUGUCUUUGCUGCUGGAAGCCAGCACAAGGUGAUCGCACCAAACAGAGUCGUAGAGUUGCGCGAACAGUCAGUUGUGCUCGAGUAUCCUUUUGAAAGCUCCGUCGAGGUCCCCUUCUUCCGAUGCGUGAUUGCCACCGGAGCCUCCCAGCCCUCCCCCAUGCGUCCUCCAAGUUCUACCACCGAGGAUGAGUUCAAACAGUCUCUCCGUAAAUCUCAGCAACAGCUCGCCCAGUCCAAGAAAGUAGUUAUCAUCGGCGGAGGGACUGUCGGUGUCGAGAUGGCCGGCGAGAUCAGAGCUGUCCACCCGGAAAUUGAGAUCACAAUCAUUCACCCCAACAAGGCUCUUCUCGCGCCCGAGCCCCUUCCCAAGACGGCCAAUGACAGCACCAAGAGCUGGACGAACCCGCCCACCGCGCCCAAGCUGUCCAAGAACCUGCAGACUGUUCUCGAGGGUAUGAAUGUCAAGCUCAUCUUGGGCGACAGGGCCGUCAUUCCCGAAGCUGGAUCGGUGACUGACUUUGCUCAAUGGGACGGUACUGCCGGGCCUCAAUCUCAGGUCAAGAAGCUGUCUUUGCAGAGCGGAGAGCAGGUCGAGGCAGACUAUGUCUUUGUCAGUGUCGGGAACAAGCCCAACACCCAACUUGUGGAGAGUGUGGACCAGGACGCUAUUACAAGCGGCCUGGUGGCUGUUGAUGACUAUCUCAAGGUCGCGUCCACUACCGAUUCAUCUCCUCUCUCCAAGAACAGCAACUAUUACGCGCUCGGAGAUGUCUCUGCUGCUCCCGGGCCAAAGACAGCGUACUUUGCCGCCGAAAUGGCCAAGGUCUUGGCUCAAAGUAUUGUGAACGAAGUCAACGGCAAAUCCCCGACCCAGUACAACCCAGGAACAUUCUCCGUCUUUUUUGUACCCGUCGGCCCCAAUGACGGCGCGGGAUCCCUCACCCUCCCUUACAUUGGCACUUGCGUGGUGGGAGGCGGUAUGGUCAAGAUGGCCAAGGGGAAGGAUCUGCUCGUUGGCAUGUCCUGGAAGCCGUUGUGGCAGGGAAGCGAGAAAGUUGCCUGA